AUCCACCUGGCGGAAAGAAGGCGCGAUCGCCGCUGGUUGCAAAUUAAGUGAAACAAACACCACUUUUUCUUCUUCUUCUUCUUCUUCUACUGCUAGUACUCUCUCGUUCAGAAUGUGAAUAUAAGAGUCAAAUUGGCUACCGAACAGUGAAUAAUUUGAAUUAAAACCCAACUUCAGUUGAAGUAAAAUGAAUUGAGAACAGUAUUAAUGACAUGCGUAUAAUGGAAAUGCAGACGUCGCCACAUCUUAGCCAUGGGCUAGCGGCACUUUCGCCGAUCCAAGUACAUCAGCUUUCGCAUCCGCAUCCGCAUCCGCAUCCGCAUCCGCAUCUGCAUCCACAUCUGCAUCCACAUCAGCAUCAGACGCAGCCUCAGCAUCAGCAUACGCACCAACACCAUAUUAUCCAAUCCCAAUCACAAGCUCAGCCCCUGUCGCUGUGCAGCAGCCAACAACAGCAGCAACAGCAACAGCAACAGCAGCAGCAGCAGCAGCAACAGCAAGAGCAGCAGCUGCAACAGCAGCAGCAGCAGCAGCAGCAUCAACAGCAGCAGCAUCAACAGCAACAUCAUCUACCACAGCAGAUGAGCAGCGCGUCAUCAACUUUGCACUCACUCCAAAGCUCUGCGCCUGGCGAGCAGCACAGCACAGUACAUCAGAAUCAGAAUCAGAAUCAGCAUCAGCAAAUAUAUACCUCAGCGCAAUUGGAUGACAAGUCCAAGGUGCAAAAGUAUGACGAAUACUCGAAUGGCUUGGUGAGAGGACUGUCCACGCCAGCCGCCGUACAGGAAUCUCCCCCGACUCUAUCUGCAAGCAGUUUUCUGGCUCACUCACAGGGAAAUGUCGAAUGGAUAUCAGCCAUGAAUGAUGCUCAAAAUAAUGCAGAAGAUUCGCACAGCUCGCAAGGCAGCAUUUCAGGCGAUGGUCAUGGCGGCGUCAAUCAGCUGGGAGGCGUGUUCGUUAAUGGACGCCCCCUUCCCGAUGUAGUCCGGCAGCGGAUCGUGGAGCUGGCACACAACGGCGUUCGUCCUUGCGACAUAUCGCGUCAACUGCGCGUUAGCCAUGGCUGCGUCUCGAAGAUAUUGUCCAGAUAUUAUGAAACUGGUAGCUUUAAGGCUGGCGUCAUAGGCGGCUCGAAGCCAAAGGUCGCGACGCCGCCAGUCGUUGACGCGAUCGCCAACUACAAGCGGGAGAACCCGACGAUGUUCGCCUGGGAGAUACGAGAUCGGCUGCUGGCAGAAGGCAUUUGCUCACAAGAUAAUGUGCCCAGCGUAUCGUCCAUAAAUCGAAUUGUUCGCAAUAAAGCCGCUGAGAAAGCGAAACACGUGCAUCAUCACCACCAGCAGCAGCAGCAGCAGCAGCAAAUGCAACCAAACCUCAGCAAUGGACAUAUCGCAAGUGAAAGCCUCGACAGCAGCAACGGCGCAAUUAGCGAGCAGCAAGCUGUCAUCUCUAACAGCAACAACAACAACAACAACUCGAGCAGCAAUAACACCAAUAACAGCACAGCGUCGGUCGUAUCGGGCGCAGGUGCAGUGGGCGGUCUGGGCGCGACGGCAGAACCAGUGUCUGGCCCCAGCAGCGGCGCUGGCGGCGGAGGCGGUAGCGCAGGCGGCAGCAGCAGCAACAACAUCACAACGGCUGCGGAAGUAGCAGCGACUGCCACGGAGCAUCGAUCGUCUGGCUCAGGAUACAGCAUAAAUGGCAUUUUGGGUCUGCAGCAUGGCCAUCACAUACACAGCAACAAUAACAGCAGCAACAACAAUACGCCAGCUGCCGAUUGUAAACGCAAGCGAAAUGAUAUCCACGAUGAGAACCGCGAUGUAAAUAUGAACUCUGAGGAGGAAGUCAAGCGACAGCGAUUAUCCUAUGGCGGCGACCAGAUAUAUACAAAUAUCUGGUCUGGCAAAUGGUGCAUCAAGGACGAGCAUAAGCUGCUCUCAGAGCUGGGAAACUUUACAGGCUCAGCGACGGCAACGACGACGGCGACUAGCAGUGGGCCAGCCUACUACGAAGCACCAAAUGGAUAUCCGACUAGCACAAUACCUUGCGCGGGCGUCGGCAACGACUCGGCCAUGAUGUACGACAGCAUCGCAUCGAUAUCUCAAAGUCAAAGUUCGCUCUAUACGCCGCCAAUAGGCCCGUCGAUUGGCAGCAGUUCAUUGACUCCACUUGUGCCUUUAAAUUUGCAAGACAUGAAAUUCAAUGCAAAUAAUCAGGAUCAAAACAUAUCGCCCUUUUAUACAGGUAAGAGAUCUGAAUAGUUCUGCAAGUACGAGUAUAGUGAAUGUAUAUGAGAAUGAUAGUACGGUGUCUAGACCCUCUAUCUAAAGUGCCACCCUUAAGCGGAAAUAUCUACUUUAAUACUUUAAUAGUCAAUGGGAAAACAUGUAGAGAUGGGGUAUCCCUAACUUGAAUACACUUCAAGACACAUCGAGGAGACCAACUCGAUAUUUAUCAGUACUAUUGGCAUUCGAUCCAAAUACAUACGCUCGAAAUUAGAUGAGGUCAACAGUAACUCAAUUAUCGAAUGGCUUAUCUUAGGUUGCAACGAGCAAAAUUUCUACAUACAUAUAAUUUAAGACCCUAGUUUUAUGGAUUAACCGAGCACAAAAAGAGGAAAGACUUCUACCGCACAGACUUUACGUACCUAACGGCUGCACGGACUGACAUUGUAAUCACGUUCCAUGAGAGUUCACCGACUGGCAGAUAUGCUUGGGUUUCGCUUCUCCCUUGGCUCUCUGUGCUCAGCCAGAGGGACAAAUGUGCCUAUUUUGUAGACGAUACACCUAGCGAUCUCCAUUCCGAUCUCAAUGCCCCAUUCUAAAUGAAAAUUAAUAUCAAUUC